AUGUAGGUUAGGGGCAGGUUCAGGGGCACCAGGCCACGUGCUCCCCCUGCAUCCUCCCUGGCCUCUCCCUCCCAUGCUCGGGCCCUGCCACAUGGACAUCUGGGCACUGAGAGCUGUGUCCAGAUGGUUUAUCUUUUGCAGGCAACCAGGGUGAUCUGGGAGACUCUGCAGAUGUUCCAGUUCCCAGAGUUAUUGAUAGAGUACUCCCCCUGUCUCCUCGUGGCUCUGCUCUUCCAAGUUCUCAUCAGCACAGAGCAGACGCCAGAGGAGGUCGUCACCUUCUGGAGGGGAUGCCGGGAGCAACACAACCUUCCCACCCAGCCCAACAGGUUUGCAGUGCUGACAAUGAAGGCUCUGCUUUGCCAUCUGGAGUGUGAGGAAGUUGUGCUUUCAAUGGAACGCAAGCGCGGCUGGGACACGCUCCUCAGUGCUGACACCCGCCACAAUGCAGUGGGUCUGCUGGCCAGGGAGAUGCGCCGUGUCUCCAGCCCCUUGUGUUCCCGCGUCACACUCCACCUGCUGGAGCUGCUGAGCAGGGAAGAGCCCCACUUGGAGCUCCUCACCAUGGCAUUCCUUGUGGAGGUCCUGGACUGCCUGGAUAUGAGUGACUGGGGAGGCAGCAUUCUGCAGAGCCUUUCAAGGCACCUCAGGAGUGAGUGCCCAGAGAUGCGUCGCCUGGCGCUCCGAGGCCUCCUGGUGCUCACCCAGGAUCCCGUGAUGGUGAGAAGGGGCA